AUUAAUGCUCAAGUACAGAAAUACGUUAUACAGUAUACAUACAGACCGUACGGCCUUUUCAGAAGCCCACUACGCCUCACUCCCUGUCCUCACUCUCAUUGACUACUCAUUUCCUCUCCUCUCCCUCUUUCUCUCUCUGCGCCCACAGCAAUGGUGUCACUAUUGUCUUUCUUCUUCGUCUUCUUCGUCUUCUUCACCUUCACGAACCCCUGCAACUCCCAACAACCCACCACCACCAAAGAUUACCUCCAGCUCCCACUUCUCCACAAGAAGCCCUUCUCUUCGCCCUCACAAGCCCUCUCCCACGACACCCACCGCCUCUCCCUCCUCCACGCUCGCCGCCACGACAUCAAAUCCCCCGUCGUUUCCGGCGCAUCCACCGGCUCCGGCCAGUACUUCGUCGAUCUCCGCCUCGGCACCCCACCCCAGAGCCUCCUUCUCGUUGCAGAUACGGGCCGUGAUCUGGUAUGGCUCACCUGCUUCGCCCUCUACGACUCCGCCUGCACACUCGUCCCCCAACCCGACCCGAGUCCCUGCAACCGCACCCGCCUCCACAGCCCUUGUCGUUACGAGUACACCUACGCCGACGGAUCCCUAACGGCCGGGUUCUUCUCCAGAGAAACGACUACGUUGAAAACCAGCUCCGGGAGAGAAACCCAGCUUCCAAACUUAUCGUUCGGGUGCGGGUUUCGGGUCUCGGGUCCGAGUGUCACCGGUCCGAGCUUCAAUGGGGCACACGGAGUUAUGGGCCUGGGACGUGGGCCCAUCUCGUUCGCGUCUCAACUGGGCCGCCGGUUCGGGAACAAGUUCUCGUACUGUCUCAUGGACUACACCCUAUCCCCGCCUCCGACGAGCUACCUGAGAAUCGGCGGAGGCUUCCCGCACGAAGUCGUUUCGAAAAUUCGCUUCACCCCCUUGCUAGUGAACCCUCUCUCCCCCACAUUUUACUACAUUGGGAUCAAAAGUGCAUCCGUCAACGGCGUUAAAUUACCUAUUCACCCCUCCGUCUGGUCCCUAGACCAGUCCGGUGAUGGCGGCACAGUCAUCGACUCAGGAACCACGCUAACCUUUUUACCCAAGCAGGCUUACCGCCUCAUCCUGGCGGCGUUUAAGCGGAGCUUGAGACACGUUGCGAAGCCAGCCGAGCCGACUCGGGGCUUCGAUCUUUGCAUCAACUUGUCGGGCGUGGCGAGGCCGAGUCUACCCAGGCUGAGUUUCAGACUCGUCGGGAACGCGUUGUUCGCUCCGCCGCCGAGUAGCUACUUCAUAGACACGGCGGAGCAGGUCAAGUGCUUGGCGAUCCAGCCCGUGGAGUCCGGGUCGGGUUUUGGGGUGAUAGGGAAUCUGAUGCAACAAGGAUUCCUGUUCGAGUUUGACAGGGACAAGUCGCGGCUCGGUUUUUCACGUCAUGGCUGUGCGCGACCGUGA